AAGGAGGCAAGAUGGCUGCCCUUUAGGAUUUGUUAAAGAGGAGAUCCAGACGGUUUGUUGGAAUUUCUACAAAGUGGAGGGACAUAAAAACAGCACAGACAGAGGGCAGCCUUGUGGAUGGACCCAGAGCAGGCCAGAUGGAAACAGAAAAUGCAAGCCAUGAGACGGAAGAAAGUCUGAUAUUAGCACAAUUCACCGCAGCUCACACCUCAAACAACCUGAUUACUGCCACAAAACUCCAGAAUGGAACCCACUCUCCAGAAGGACCAUCUCUACACAUCAAUGGGGAUGACAACUGGAACCAUUACAAGCCCCACACAGCAGUCACCUCAAUGAAGAGACAUAGAGAGAUCUGCAACAGCUCUACUUCAGUACAGGGGCUGUUUGAUCAAACAUCAUACAUGAUGAAUGGAGAGAUGAAGAAUGCACUCACUGAGCAGUCCUUACUGACCCACCAGCCUAAGAAACUCAGAGCAGAUUCUGAGACUAAAGGAGAUGUUGAUAUGACCUCAAAUUUGGUAGACAACAUUCCUGAGCUCACAAAGGUAACAGAGUUUGAGUGUGAUAUCCUGCAGAAUGAGACUAAACUGGACAAAAGGAACUGUAACUUCCAAAACGGGGAUAUUUUCUGUGUUUCCAGCAAUAAACAACUGUCUAUUUCCAAUGGUGAGGCAGCUCCCCCAUCCAUGGAAGGUACACCAGGUGAUCUUUUAGAAAAAACUUUGUCUCAGUAUUACCCUGAGCAAGUGUCCAUUGCACCACAAACAACUGGGCCACAAUCAGAUAUUGUCAAUGGUUCACUGGCUAAUGAGCUGCCCAAUCAAGGUGCUCAAACCUCCCCUUUAACCUCAGGUUUUACCAGUUCAGCUCAGAAGACUGCCUCAGAGCAACAGCAGCAUGGGCCAGCUCAUACUUCUGAAGACAUAAAAAGCUAUAACUCUACUCCCUAUGUGGUGAAUGGAUACUCUAAGGAUUAUGGCGCAGACACACGGCAGCAACAACAUCAGCAGCAACCUUAUUCUGCUCAAGACCAAAAGCUCCCACUAGAUCAGGUUGGACAACUUCCUGGCAUGGCUCCAUCUACAAAUACUGCAAAAACUUCACAACAUCAAAAUGGUCCAGAGUGUUAUCCAGAGGACUCAAACUCUCAAGUUAUUUAUGGUAAACCAAAUAAAGAGUUAAGCCAGGAUUCCUUCCUUGGGCAUAACACGCAUCUCCAAACAGGGGAGGGAAGUGGAUUUACACCCUUUCCCAACCCUGGAUUGCAGAGGAUGAGGCAACGUGAGGAACCUGGCUCAGGUCAACGUCAUCAGCAAGGAAUUGAGGGUGGCCUCCAGUAUGGGAUGCAACCCCAAUCCUUUCAGCAAAAUUCUGGAAACUUGUGUGGAGCUGAAACUAUUAUAAACUCCCUAUGCCUCAGCCCUCAAACCCAGAAUAGUGCAGCUGGUCCCCAGCAACCGCAUCCAGCUGGUCUAGAGAAUGGAACACAUAGCAUGUCUCAGCCGAGAGGCAACUUAUCAUGCCCUACUCCCCAUCAAAGGGGCUGGAUUGAUCAGAACUCCUCUCAUUCCCAGCAGAGGGCAGCCAGUGGCCCACCGUCCCAGACACAAGAGCAGGAUAUGUGGAAGGGUUUUCCCCCUAGGUCUCAGUCACAGCAGCAGACAACUAAUCCCCAUGCCCAAGGCCAGAUGUUGGGGCCAGACUCAAUGCAAAGAUUCCAGACACAGGGUGGUUUCACAGAGAGCACCCCAGAGUCUUACAGGUUCCAGCAACAGCAACAGGACUGCUUGCCAGCCCAAUCCCACUCUACUCCAGCCCAGCACAACACUGCCCCUGAGUGGCAGCAAGCCAAUUCUAAAGCAUCUCCACUGCAGCAAACUCUUUCCCAGAAAUUGCCCCAGCAGUGCAACCGCCAGCCGCAGGCAGAUAGCCACUAUCGCACUCAUAUGCAGCCAGAGCGCUUAUGUGAAAGUGACCCUGACCUACAAGAAAUUCUGUCCCCUGGAUAUUUACUACCACAGCAACAUCAGCACUGUCAGCAACAACAACAGCAACGUCCACUAUCCCACCCACCACAGUUUGAAGGACAACAGUUGAAAUCUCCCAACUAUAGACCCCAUAGUCAGCCUCAGCCAACUUCAGCCAUGAGAAAUAGCCCUGCUCAGUCCAAUAUUCAGCACCCCCAUCAGAACAAUCAUGCCACAUUCAGCCACGGCAACACAAUGAAGAUGCAACCGCAACAGCGGCAGUACGUUCCAAACUCAGGCAGCAAUAACUUCAAGCAAUAUCCAUCGCAGCAUCCUACCCCCCACUACCAUCAGGCCAGCAACAUGGACUUCCCCAAGACUACCACACAGUCACAGCCUCAUUUACUACAUGAUAUGCUAAAGCAACCGGUAUCAGCACAGACGUAUUCUAAAGAUGAAAAGCAGCAGCAGGAGUCAUGUGCCCUACUCCAGAGGGGACCCCAACUACCUCUGGGACCUACAGGUCCCAAUGGAGACUUUCAAAGGCAUGCAGCCCUACGGAUGCACUUGUUACAGCGACAGGAGCGACAGGGCCCACCUCAUGCACCUCAGAGCCCCAGUGACCUCAAACAAAGUCUGAGAGCUGUCAAAAUGGAAAAUGGACCCCGAUUUCAGCCCCCUGGAGUGCAGCAGCAGGAACAGCAGCUACAGAGACAAGAUAUGGGUAUGACUGGUGCAAAGAUCAAGCAGGAACAUUUUCAAUCUAUGUGCGAGCAAAACAACAGGCAGGGUAGCAUCCUAGCUAGUAUGGAACAAAGCCUGAGGCAGUACCAGCUUUCACCUGUCUUUGAGAAGAAGUCCCUCGUUGUCAAUUCAUUAAAUAAGGUCAAAGUGGAAUCAUCAGGAGCUGUCACAAUACUUUCAACAAACACUGAACUGGGUGGAGGAGAGUUACAGGGGGGUUCCUCCACCUCUGUAGUUCUGAAAAAAGCCCCCGACUUUACCCCCAAGAAGGAACCCCUGCUGCAAAGCUUUAUGGACUCUCCUAUGAAGCUGUUGGACACUCCCAUGAGGAACCUACUUGACACUCCUAUCAAAACACAGUACGAUAUUGCAUCCUGUCACUGUGUUGAACAAAUAAGUGAGAAGGAUGAGGGCCCUUACUACACUCACUUGGGAGCAGCGCCAAACAUUGCUAGUAUACGUGAUGUCAUGGAAAAACGCUCUGGUUUGACUGGCCGUGCUAUCAGGAUUGAAAAAGUAAUAUAUACAGGCAAGGAGGGAAAAAGUACGCAGGGCUGUCCAAUAGCUAAAUGGGUGAUCCGUCGCUCCAGUGUAGAGGAGAAGUUACUGGUGCUUGUGCGAGAGCGUGCUGGUCACACAUGUGAGACAUCCUGCAUCAUUGUGGUAAUCCUAGUCUGGGAGGGCAUCCCCCAAAACCUUGCUGACCGCCUGUAUCUCGAGCUAAGUGACACACUAACGAAGCACGGAGCCCUGACUCAGAGACGCUGUGCUCUUAAUGAGGAGAGAACAUGUGCAUGCCAGGGGUUAGAUCCUGAUGCUUGUGGAGCCUCUUUCUCGUUUGGAUGCUCCUGGAGCAUGUACUACAAUGGCUGCAAGUUUGCCAGGAGCAAAAUUCCAAGAAAAUUUAAGCUACUCGGGGAUGAUUCCAAGGAGGAGGAGAAACUGGAGCAGAACCUUCAGAAUCUGGCAACUUUGAUGGCUCCCACAUAUAAAACCUUGGCACCUGAAGCUUAUGGGAACCAGGUGGAACAUGAACACAGAGCACCAGAUUGCCGUCUGGGGCUAAAGGAGGGUCGUCCCUUUUCUGGGGUCACCGCUUGUAUGGAUUUCUGUGCCCAUGCUCACAGAGACCUCCAUAACAUGCAGGGAGGAAGCACUGUGGUGUGCACAUUAACCAGGGAGGAUAACCGGGAAAUUGGUAAAAUCCCAGAGGAUGAGCAACUCCAUGUACUACCCCUUUAUAAGGCCUCCAGCACUGAUGAAUUUGGCAGUGAGGAGGGCCAACAGGAGAAAAUAAAGUCAGGUGCCAUCCAAGUCCUCAGUGCCUUCCGCCGCCAGGUGCGCAUGCUUCCAGAGCCUGCCAAGUCAUGCCGACAGAAGAAACUAGAUGCUAAGAAGGCAGCUGCUAACAAGAAUGCCAUUCCAGACACCCCUAAUGUUAAGGCAGAAAAAGCCUUCCAGGCCAAGUCAAAAGCUGGCACUUAUGAGAGCAUUGGACAUAGCACUCCUGGGAUAGGACACUUGUCAGGUGCCAUGGCAGAGACCCUACAGCCAGGGCAGCCAAAACAUCUCCUUGGGACCCAUCCUCAGCAACUACAGCAACAGCAGCACCCGAACUUCCUUCCUCCAUAUGCUGGAUCCCCACACCCAACUGGCUAUCCUAGGUUCCCUAACCACUCUGGGCCCUUUCCAAGCACUUCCAAACCAGAUAGCAUGUAUCCCCCUCAGCCACCGACACCAGCCAGCCCUUACACGUCUCCACUCCAUUUAGCAAACUCUUACAUGAACGGGUCAAAUCGUCCACAUGCAGGUUAUCAGUGUAACGGAGGAAUGCCCCUUGAUAAUUACCACCCUUACUAUGCUUCAAACCCAAAGCACCCAGACAUGUAUCCACAGCAGGGGCCGGUGCUUUACCCUGAGCAGCAGUACCGUGUGCAUCAGCACAUUGAGGUCAACUAUUCCCCAAGGUAUGGGGAGCCAGGUUUACAGGUCAAUGGUUACAAUGCCUGCAGCAUGAAGCCUAGUGUUCAUACUAUGGGCCGUUAUUCCCCUUAUGGUCCUAAUGGCACAGCAGACCAUCAGUUUAUGGGCACACUCUCAAGACCACCACCAGCCCACCCAAGUCUGGAUUACGCAGCUGUAAGCAAAGGCAAUCAGUUUGGUGGAUAUCCAAAUCCCUACCUCUCUCAGAGCCCUAAAAUGUUCCCGCCAGGCCAUGAUCCUUUCAGUAUGCAAAUCAAGACAGAGAUGGGUGUAUCUGGUCCACAGGCACUUCCUCUUUCACUAACCGGUGAAGGUCUGACCCCUGGAAUAAAGUCAGGAUUCCCCCUGCCCAAUGGGAGCUUCAUGGGCUCCACUAUUAAGCAGGAGCCUGAAACACCACCGACACCUACAAUACCCCAGAAGCCUGAAAUGUGGUCAGACAACGAGCACAACUUUUUGGACCCAGAGAUUGGUGGCGUGGCAGUUGCACCCAGCCAUGGCUCCAUCCUCAUUGAGUGUGCAAAACGGGAGCUCCACGCAACAACUCCACUCAAAAACCCAGACCGAAACCAUCCAACACGUAUCUCCCUGGUCUUCUAUCAGCACAAGAACAUGAAUGAAGCAAAGCAUGGUUUGGCACUGUGGGAGGCCAAGAUGGCUGAGAAGGCCCGGGAGAAGGAGGAAGAUGCAGAAAAGAAUGGUGGUGAUGGGACACCCAACAAGAGCAGCAGCAAGAAGGGAGUGAAGCGUGAGCAUCCUGAGUCAUCAGAACCAAGUGGAGAGCCACCCUACAAGCGUUUUAUCCAGACACUCAUGGAGGGGUCCUUGUCCUGCACAACCAACACCUACGUCAGUACAUCUCCCUAUGCCUUCACCAAGGUCACAGGGCCUUACAGUCGAUUUGUGUAGAUAAGGCUAACAACAAAAAGGCAGAAAACUGACGGUGCUAUAUUUAUGACAUACAGAGACCUCAAGCACCACUGGCUUAAUUAAGAACAACUCUCCCAAUCUGAAAGAGUUAGCAACAGAAACAUUAACUUGAGAUCAGUUGGGAUGAAUAACAUCUUCCGCAUCAGGUCUUUCACCUCUUCAGUAACCAAGCUUUAUUAUUGGUUGACCCAACUAAAGAUGUAUUUAUUUUCAAUUUAUUAUUUUAACAAGACGUGCACUGUCAGAAUUGUUGGUGCUUUUAGUCUGAUACAGCAGGACUUGUUUUUACUGGAAACUAAGUUUCUUUUUCAGUGGCUUUAUUUUUGGUAAAUUUUUUUUCACUUGGAGAUAUAAUCUUGGCAUAAAACACUGACUCUGAAUGACAACAUUCUUGGUGCUGAAGUGUGCGCUUAUUAACAAUCUUUUUUAUUCAAAUGCCUCCACACUUUAACCACAUCACUUUCUAUGAGCGACAAAUAUUUUCUUUAUGAAUUAUGUGAACAGAAUGACACUGAAAACGUUGUAUCGGUCAAAUUAUCAGCAACAUAAUGUUUUAUUUAGAAUAUCAGUGUUUCUUAAAGCACUUUUAAAAGUGAGCUAAAUGUUUUGUUAAUACCUCCAAUUCAUAAGAAAAAUGCUUAAAAUCCAUUGCUGUAAGACAGAAUUUAUUUUUCAAUCAUCCUUAAGAUGAAAUUACCAGAAAAUUCAAAAGAAAAUUGAUCCGGAAAACUGUUGAAAAUAUCAUGCAAACUGAUCUUUCUACACUAGCAUUUUUUGGUGCUUUACUUCCUUAUAUCCUUUAUACUGUAUAUUGAGCCAUUCUAAUGGUGCAUUUUUAAUGUUUUAAAGAGAAAAAAAAUCAUUGUGCAGCACGUUUGUCUUGUUACUCUUUUAAGGGUUAUUUUGCUGUCAGCGACUGUUUCAAAGUUCCUGUCCACAGGUUCACUGAGCAAAUCUGGAUUGUGAAUAUUACAUGUAGUCUUGUGACUGUGGUGUUACGAAACAUGUUUUCAUACACUGAGAAACAUAAAACAGGGUUAUCUCAGUGUCGCUAUUAUGGUUUCAGAAGGCAGCUGGCUUGCUGUGGGGGUCUUUAAUAACUGUAAUCUAAUUGUAAGAUACGUAAACAGGUGAGUUUGUACAGUAAAUUAAUUUUUUUUUCCUGGAAUUGUUGCUCUAGAUUUUAGUGUUGUUCAGAACAGUAACAGCCUUUUCCAUUUUAUUUCUUUGGGUUUAAAGUGAUUUUGUUUCAUAUGGUGCUAAUCGACCUGCUAGAAAAAUAAUGUGAGACUUUUUGGGCAGUGAGAAGGCCAAUGAAUGAUGUACAGUACCUACCAAUUGUAUACCUCAGAACUAGUUUGGCAAUAGAAUUACAAACAAAGUCUUUCUCCCCUUCUUUGUUUUCUUCAUUGCUUUCAAAAUGAUAAUAUACAACCCUUGAAGCCUCAAAAAGGCAGAAAAGUUGAUUGCUCACCAUCGUUAUUAUCAAUCUGUUGGCAAGUAUUGGUUGAACUUGAAGCUCUGAUGUUACUGCAAAAUCAGGGACAUUUAAGACAAAUUUUGUGUACAUCCUCAUCGCCUGUAUUCAUCUUGUUUUUUUUUUUUUUUCUUAUUCAGGUAUUGGAUUUUGCAUUGCCUUUGCAUCGCAAUCUCAUUAAAUUCUUGUAUACUGUACUUCAUAACUAACUUUGUAAGAAAAACAAUGAAAAUUCCCUGUACUUUUUGUACUUGUGUCUUAGCUAGUAGAUUGGUGGAAAUCUUUUAGUUUAAUCUAUAAGUAAUUUGAACAUAUAUGCACUGAGUUGACUAAAGGGAAAUUAUGACAUUGACUAGGCAAGGAGCAAUGUGUUUGCUUUUGCUAUGAGGCAAGACCAGGGCAGUUAAGUUAGUUGCACAAUUUUGUGCCUGUGUAUAGUUAAAUUUAUUUAUAACCACUAAGCAAUUGUAUAACAAUCUUGCUCCCCAUCUAUUUGAUUUAAUUAGUGUGAUAUAUAAUGGAAUGACACUUACGUUUGAGUGAUAAUUCACCCCAUCUUUUAAAAUAUAUUCUAUCAUUUUCUGAAAGCACUUCAUUUCUUUUUCAGAAAAAAAUGUAAUAAAGAAAGACAAAACAUUUUAUUUAAACGUAAAUUGAUAAAAGUAGAUUGUAAAUGUGUUAAAAAUAAAUUAUGCCACAUUGUACAUACCUUGCAUUUGUAUUGCAGGAAUACAACACACUCUUUGUUGUUAAUGUAGUUUCUUGUAGUUCUGUCAAAAUAUACCCACGGCCCAUCGAUCAGCAAUCCUAUCUUAAAAUUUACUUUUGUUUUUCCUUUUUUUUUCUUCUUUUUUUUUUCAGGUUAACAAAAUGCUCACGAUUAGAUAACCCAGGAAGUCUUUGUAAAUACUACACUCACUGUCAAACACAACAAUGUUUACAGUUCUAGGAUCCUGUUAGAAAAGAUUAGAAGUUAUAGUUUUUGUAAACUAUUCCAGUUUUGUAAAGAAAAUAUAGAAAUUAAUUGUUGAAUUUCAUUGUACAGGACCCAGCUCCAGUAGCAGGUUGUUGUUGAGAAAGGCGAGGUGUCUAAAAUAUAGCGGGUUGAAAGCAUAGCCAUACUUGAAGAUGCUUCAGAGUGUUUCUGAGUGAGUCAACAUUACUUGAAUGACUUUCUGAGCUUAACUAAUGCACAAAGGUGCUCAGUUCUAAUGUUAAGCUAGCGGUUGAUAUACACAUUUGCAGUCAGACACUAAAGGUAUAAAAAUGUGCAACUUUAUGCCUGUCCUUUUAUUUGUAAGGCUUCCCUAGUUCUUCUGAAGUUUGGUAUGCUACAAAAAAAACAAAAAACAAACGAAACAAACAAAAAAGAAAAAAAAAGAAAUUAAGGAUCGAUAUAAAUACUGUAAGUAUUGUAUUGUACUGAAUGCAGUUUAUUUGAAAGCUGUUUAUUAUAUCAUUCCUGAUAUUGCUGAGAUGUGGGUGUUUUUAAUAAAAUUUAUAUUUAUUUAAA